UGCACACUAUGGCUGUACAGCGGGGCACGUCCAGCCUAGUUCUGUCACAGGGACGCAGUGGACGUGCUCCAGCCGCACGCUUCUGAAGGAAGGCCCAAAGCGUGGUGUGAACAGACUCUUAUGUGGACACUCACUGCACUUCAAGUAUGCGUUCACAGCCCCUCAGGAAAGUAGUCUGUAAUGAACGCGCGCGCCACCUGAGGGCGCUCUAUUAUCCGGGAGCUCCCUGCUUCCUUCUACACGCCCACUCCUGCCUGUGCUUCGGAAAUGACGUCACAGCAUUUUGAAAAACGGUUCCCGGGGAAAAACCUACUGCGCAGAAAGUGAGAGGGGACGCUGAGGAUUACUGACCGCGUGAUGGAGAGAUCUAAACUGCCUGUCCUGAGAGCCUCUCACGUCACAGACCUUACUGUGCCCAGCGCCAAGAAGCCUUGUCCUCCGAAGCCUGGCUUUCCGCUCUAUAGUAAGAAUCCCAACAUUGCAUUCUCUACUGCUGCUCCCAAUGGUGUGGUGUUCAAGGCUGGAGGGAGUGGGAAGAACCGUGUUGUGUCUAAGAAAGCCGGUCCUCCAGUGCGCGGGCCCAUUAACCGCUACAGAGUGGAAUCUGAGCUGAAGGACAAGAAUCAGUUGCUGGAAGCCGCGAACACCAGCUUACAUAACAGUUUGGUCAGUGCGCAGAAUACAAUUCAAGAGAAGUCUGAGCAACAACAGACAUUGAAGGAAGAGCUGAAAGAACUACAGAGGCGUCUGGAAAAAAACAUGAUUAUUCUAGAGAGCAGAAACAUUGACCCAGUUUCAGGAGAGCAUAUAAUUUCUGUGGCUGAGGAGACCAGCAGGAAAAAAGAAGAGACCAAGGCCUUCACAGAGCAUCUGGUAACAGAACUCCAGAUCUUUGCUCUAGCAACCAAAGAACAGAAGGAACUCGUUCAGAAACUAAAGACGAAGUGGAAUGAGGCAGAAGAAAGCCGGAACCAGUUUCUCCAGGAGCAGGAAGCUUUUCAGAGCGAUCUGGAGCAGUUUGGGUUAUCCCUGGAGCACACAAAGCAAUGGCUGGACUUAUGAAUAACACAAAGACUGUAGACCUGAUUGGUCAGAAAACCAUCUGAACCUCUACGUCAGUAUAGUAACAAUGUGCACACUUUAAUACCUUGCUCUCAAUCCUAGAAGGAAAAUAGUACAAAAAAGGUAAAAUGACAUAAUAGAAGCAAGGACGUUCCCAUUUAUUGUACAUGGUUGUCCUGUCUAUUUCUGUAUAAAUGCUUUUUAUUACGAAAUAUUCUUAAAUUAGUUAUAAAUAUUAAUUUGCGGCUAUUGUGGACAAGAACGUGUACACAUUACAAUGCUUGUCCAUCAAAUAUCCCACUGGAUGGACCUGCUGCUCCUCUGCACGUAGUCGACUGAGCUGUACGGACACUUGUGUUGCUGUAAAUAUGUAUUUCUGAAUAAUAUCGGCUUGUAUGUGUCAUUUGUAUUUUUAUAAUUCUUUAAUCAGUGGGGGGAAUUGGUGGCCUCUCCUGCCUACUCCAGAAGAUUGAUACUGGCCAUGUGUAUAGACAUGAUGGUAUUUACCAUAGACUGGCGUUUUAUGAUAUCCUCUGGCAGUCUGUGCGCCUAGAUGGCAGCUCUUUCUUUAUGGUAGAAAGCUGGCCCUGCCGUUGCCAAAUUUUCGUAGAGGUGUAGAAAUGCCACCUGUGCCUAGAUGAAGGUGCAAUUGCAAUUCCCCAGAUAGAGUAUUUGCAAAUUGAUAGGUUUAUAAUGCUUUGGUAAUGUUUUACUUCUGUCAUGUACUGUUACACCAGCAGAUGGCAUGUGAUGGGCACUGGGAAUAGAGCUAACCACACCAUCCCCUCUCCUCUUGAUAGGAGUGCAUUGUUCUGACUUCCUGUCAGGCGUGAGAGCUAGCUAGGUGGUGAAAUUUCCAUCAGCUCCUGCUCCUAAGGACCAAAAAUUCAUCUCCACUUUGAGAAAUACUGGGAAGGUCCAAUGGUUGCAGAAAUCCUUUGAGCUAUGAAGACCCUGCUACCAGGUGGGGGAUAAUGAGUUAAGACACUCUUCACCAUAACCAAAGUAUCUGCCAGGUGGAGGAGAACAAGGGCUGUGUAGGCAGAUCUGAAAGCCUGCAUUUUCUAGUGCACAUCUACAGUCACAGCUGCCAGCUUUAUAGUUGUAGUAAAGAAGAAUCGAGAGAGAGACUUUCUCAGCUAGCAUAUUUCUGAGUGCCAUCUAACCAGCCACCAUACUUCAUCAUCUGGUGACAGACUGCACCUUGUAUUUAUUAUUGCUGCACGUACUGCAAGUUAUCCUUAGCCCUCAAUAAAGAAAGACGUUUGAUGUU